AUGAAAUACUUCAGUCACAGAGAGACUUACAAAAGGUUUCUUCUUAUAUUUUGGACGUGCCAUUUGCUUAUAUUGAUUGAGAGUCAACUACACCACAAAAAUGUGAAAGUUGGUUUGUUUUCGGAUCGCAGAAAUCUCGAAGAAACUUCAGUGGAAAAUUUCCUAGUAGAUGUUGAUGGCCUUAACCGCAAUACAAGUUUGACCAAGACAUCUCUACAAAUAAAAAUCCUUUCCGUUCAUGGUUUAUCGUAUGAGGAGAUUUCAAGAAAGUUUUGCUCCAGCGUUUUGCAGGAUAAUGUAACGGUAUUAAUACUGCAAUCGAGGAAAGAAAAACUGGCAAGAUUUGUGGGCCAUUUAGCGUCGUAUUUUAAGCUACCUGUCAUAGGGACUAUAAACCAAGCUCCCCUGCCGUCGGAUAAGGUAAGAAAGAAAAGAAAUAUUAUUUAUAAUUUCAAGUUUUUCUUUGUCCAGUCUAAUUCAACAUCUACCAUUGUUGAAUAUUCUUGAAACCCGCGUAAGAGGUCUCCAAUUUCGUCUAAACUUUGACAUGCCCUCAUUACCCCCGGCAACAUUUUUUAGUUUUAUAGAAAAUGAUGGAUAAAGAUUUUUAAAAUGAUUGAAUAUUCAAAUCAUGAGAGAUCUUCUGUAUGGUUUUGGAUGAACAAUAGACAGGCACUCAUUGUAAAAAUGUCAUUCGAUCUGCUAACUAGAAACAGAACAAAACCAAACUUAAAGGGAAAGCAUCUUGUUUAAUUUCGUGGGCUUUGGGAUAAAACUUCCUUUGUUUAAUUUAUUCUCUUCGAGAGCGCUAAAAAUAUCAAUUAGCGCUGCGAUUUUUUCUCAUUAAUCCAGCAAAGUAAAUUGUUUCUUAGAAACUCACCCGUGACUAUAGAAACUGAUUAAAUCACUCAGAAUUUAUGAUUAUUAUAAAUAUAAUUUAGCAGCUAUGAUAGUUUUGCCGAUUUUUCCAUAGCAGAAGUUAGGCUUCCACAAACUUGAGAAGGAAAGGAACUUAAAAAUGAGUCCGCAGUAUUGUGAUAAGGAGCUUAGGAAGUGUACAUUUCCUUCAAGACUUUUUGAUGAUUAAUAUCACCACUCAUUCUCUUGAAAUUGAUUAAUGCUGGUUACAAAUUAGAGCAGAAGUUCCUGUUGAAUAUCCGUUUUUUUUGUGUAUUCAGCACUGAAUUACACCAUCCACUAUGACAACUUAUUUUUUUGACAAAUUCAUUUAUUUCUUCUUUUUUGGAUGAUUUUGGAGUUCAAUGAAAAAACUUUAUAUUUGUUCAUUUUAGAUAAUAAGCCAUUCUGCAAAUUGAUAAAACAUAAAUAUUAUAUUAGCUUGUAAAAGUGCAUGCUGCAUGCUAUUUUCUUUGUCUGAAAAUAAUUAUUGCAUUUACAUGGCGGAUGUCGAGCGUAUGUCAAGUGUAAGAACUUUUAACUCUGUUAGCUGUCUAUGGUUCAAUAUACAGUUUCAUAAUUCAGUUCAGCUUCCUUUUUUACACUUCGGUUGAGCUGCAUGAACUGUCUCAGUGUAAUUCCACCUUUACGAAUAUGCGAUUAGAAAACCAGUGCCUUAGAAAGAAUUGUGUUCAUUUGACUCGAUAGGAAAAGAAAAGAUGACCCGAAAUUUUAGGGAGUGCAUUCCAUGCUGAACCAAAUGUUUGGGAAUCGAAAUCUUAGUAAUCACCAGGCUUUGAUAUCUAGCUGCCAUUUGAAUUUGAGAAUCGAUCAAAGUCGAUCGUGGAAAUCAUAGAUUUUAUCAAAAUCCUGCGUAGCAGUAGCGUUUUAAAACUUAACCUAGCUGAUAGUAAACUUUUAAAGAAUUACUAUCAACCUACACCUUCCACAAAACAUUUAUUACUUUCAACUAUGGCACCAGUUGUAAAUAUAUUUCCUAUCUACUAAGGAUUGAACUUUCUGAAGUCCAAUAUCUCUAAACUGAGACAGCCAUUUUAACUUUUUGAUUGUCUUCACUCAUAGAAAAAAAGCAGUAUAAGAGAAAUUGCUUUCUUCUCGUUUUUGGUGAUGAUAAAUUUUAUAUUGUCUUUCAAGUAAUGGUGAAGAAAUCUUUAGCCAAUGAAUUACUGAACUUUUAGGCAUAAAGCCUUUUAAAUUUGAAUAAGAAGACUACUGAUUCUUAUCUCAGGAAGAAGUGCUCUCCAAAGUUAAUGGAAAUUGUCAUAUAUCAAUUAAGUCUACAUUAGAAAAUAUGUUAAUUACAAGAUUUUAAGAACUAACUAAAACGUUUACGACUGUUCUUCGUAUAUGUGACUUUCAAGUAAUAUAUCUAACAUGAGAUGGAACCAAGAUCUUGCUACGACGCGUGCAUACAUUGUGUUUAUAGUGAUACUGUGUCGAAUGUUUGAUAUUUUUUCAAACAAAAUCAUUUUUGAAGGAGAAAUGCCAAACGACUAAGGGGUUUCCAAACACUCAUUAAACAUUAAUUUCCUUUGUAUUUUCUUAAUGAAUUAUUAAUGAGUUUGAGAAGAUUACAUGCAAGUCGAGAAAAGUUGUGCAUGAUCUCCUUGAACUAGGAGCCGCUUUUUUGAAGCUUAAAAUUGUUCCACUUCAACACUUCUUAUGCGAUUCUCGUAUGGAGAAAAUCAUGCUCUGGGCAAACACGUUGCUUCGUAUUUGAUAUACGUUGUACGUAUAUGGUACUAAAAUCCAGUUUGGGAGAGAGAGUUUGACUUUGCGGAUGGCAGGAAGUACUUUGUUAAUGAUGUAUGAAAUAAAUCAUAUAUGAACUGCGGAAAUGAAAUGAAGAUGAAGAAAUGAUCGCCGCAGUGAACGUAAUUUAUGUAAUUGCGUAAAGAAGCCUGAAAAAAAUUCAGGAAUUCAAGUCCUGAAUUUUUUUUUUCAGGCUUCCUUACGCAAUUGCAUAAAUUGCGUUCACUGCGAAGAUCAUUUCUUCAUCUUCAGGAAGUACUUUGGCGUUUUCCCCUAUUUAAAUUCAUCAUUUGGUAAUUAGUUUUCUCGAUGAUAACUUUUCAGUUUUCAGAAAUUAUUGCACUGUCUCAACAUGUUGUUUCAAUUUGAGUUUAUUGCUAAUAAAAUGAGUGAAAAAUAAUUUGGACUUUUAGAAAUCUAGCUGAUCAACAAUUAAUUGCAGGAGCGAUACUAAUUUAUAGUAUCUCCCUUUCAAAUACAUAAAUUAUAUCUGUGUUGUUCUCGUCUAGAUCCUCGCUCCCAACAGGAUAUAACUGUGUCCAACUACCGCUUAGCCAUUGAAAAGUUUACGGGGCUUUGUUAACUUGUGAAGGCGAACAGAGGCAAAAAAAAGAACCAGAAAACGUUUGUUAGAUAUUUUUUUAAAGUGAUUUCAUAUCAUUGAAAAUUGCAGUGAUGUUAAAGAAUAAUUACUUGCAAGUGAUAAAAGCACAGACAGCUUCCUGACAUUAGCGUUAUAUUUGAAGUUAAAAAACUGGUAAACAUUGUUUAAUGAUCGAUACAUUUUCUUUUCUUGGAAACUUUUGCCAAAAUUAUUCCAAUUUUUUACGCGGAGAAGCUUAAUCAUACAAAGAAAGAAAGAAAGGAAGAAUGAAAUCACCCAGAUCUUGCAGUUACUGCUAAGAAGAUGAAAGGGAUCAAGAUCUCGUCCACACGUAUCCGGAUUUUUUUUCUCACUUCUAACCUCAAGUCCACAUGUAAACGGGCCCAAAAUAAGGCCCACUCCACACUUGUCCGGAAUUUUUUAAAACGGAGAUAUUGCAAAAGGUUCGCACGUAGAGUAUUUGAAUCGUCUUUGCCCGUCUACAUGAACGCUAAAACGAUGGAAAAAUGAUAACAUCCCGUAAUGCCAGUAGUAUAUGACGUAUCAGAUCAUCGUAUUCCGAAACCUCCGUUUUCUUCCAUCCGCACGUAAACGCUAGGCCGGCGUUUUCAAAAAUCUCCUACCUGGGAAUCGUUGUUUGGAACCUGCGGUUUUAGUGACCGAAAACGCCGUUAACGUGUAGACCGAGAAGGUUAAAACGAAGGAAAGUACGCGUUCACGUGCAGCUGAAGUGAGAGCGAUAAACCAGUCGGUCUCUCUUAUUGAUUAAGAGAGGCUACCAUGCGUAGCAGCUGUCGAAAGGGGUAGGGUGGAAUAAAUUUUCCUCAAUGAAGUUAUGCCCUUUCGUCGUUAUCUCAAGAAUAAAAUAAUGUGAAAUCUCGUUAGGAUGGCGUCACCUACAAUUUUAAGGAAAUUUUUUCGUUUUGACAAGUUUUUAGUCACUUUAGGUGGAUCAUGUCAUAGUUUUUGAAUGGUUGACUGACAAGAAGAAAGACAUUAGAAAAAAGUGAAAGAAGUGCUUAAUUAUUAGAUUUUUUCAUUUAGGUAGUAUAAGCAUUAUUUCAUCAUCAUCAUCAUCAUCAUCAUCAUCAUCAUUAUAUAUCAUCAUCAUUAUAUAUCAUCAUCAUUUAAAAGAUAUUUCAUGAAAUGUGAUUCUGAUUUUUUCAGGAAUACUUCAGUACUUUUGUUCGCAACACUCCAUCCAGUACCUCACAGUUCACUGUAUUCUGCGAUCUACUGCGUUAUGUCGGUAAAAGAAAAGCGUUUGUUGUAGUAAGUGACGAUACUUCGUACAGCUUCGCCUUACAACAAUGCAAUGACGAUGAAUUCAUAUCACUAACUGUCAUCCAUCUCGAAGCACCAAACAUUCAACAGCAAGAAAUUAUUCAACAGUUACAGAGGAUAAAAUCGAGCACUACACAAGCUGUAUAUCUUUACUGUGAUUCAAAGCUUGCACAUUUUAUUCUUUGGCUUGCCAAAGACUUCCGCCUAAUUAACGAUGAUAUUUUAUGGAUUCUGUCCAAGAAAUCAUUGGAAAACGUUCAUAACCUAUACGAACUUCCUAGCUCCACAUAUCUCAUUAGAACAGAGUCGUUUUCAAACGAAGAGGAAAUUGAGAGAAGACAGUUGAUUGACAACUUAUCAGUAGUAAAAAGAACCUUUGAUUCUAUGGAGGACGAGGUCAUAUUAGACUACUUGCGGAGGCCAACAAACUGUUUUAGCUCACCGAAAUGGACUAAAGGGAAACAGUUGUAUGAGUAAGUACUUAAAUAAUUGCUUCUAUUAAAGCAUAAACUACCUUACUAUAGCGCAGCAAAAAACAACGCUCAGAGCUCAGUACAACAAAUUCAGAUCGGUCUUAUCUCACUAUAUGUACACCUCUCAGUAAACACAUAUAAACGUUAGAGACGACGGCUUUCGUCCAUACGGAAAACGAUCGCAGGCGAAUAUUUUCUUAAAUAAAUUCUCCAAUUCCUAAAUACUGGUAAGUUCGCAAAUGGACUGAUAGGCAUCGGAAUGUAAACGCGUACGUUUGUAGAGGUUAUAAUUACAUUUACCACUAAAAGCCUGCCCAUCACUAGCAGAUGUAUUAGCUCGGACCAGCAAAACCUUCAUGCGCUUAACAAAAAUCAGAAUUGGCCCGUGGAACCGGACAUUGCGAAAAUAACGGUUAGGGUUAUGGUUAGGGCUUUAAUCGAGAGUUUUCGCUUAAGACCCAUCACUGCAUUCCAUGCAUGGUAUUUAGGAUGAAUAAAAUGAUCUGACUGGACAGAAUUCUUUAUAAGAUUGGACUGCGCAUGGCUGGUCGGUCGGUCAGUUCUGAAUACAUGGUGCGCGCCCAAAUUAAAUAAAUAAAAUCAAUUUUUAACUUAAAAGUACUCUUCUGGACAAAGUUGUAGACUAACCGGGGAUGCGAUAAAACUCAGAAAGUGUAACAGAUCAUGUGCACUGUAGUGGCUAAUGUACUCAUUAUCUUUUACCUUUGUCGUUUUCUGCAUUUAGAUUACUCCGGAGAGAGGCUCAGUCAAGUGUUCCAAGCACCAUGCAAGGUAAAGACGAUCAAGAAAGCGCUUCAUAUGAAAUUCUUUAUCUCCAAAAAUCGUAUGAGGGGGGUUGGUUACAAGUAGGGCGGUGGACUAGUGAGGGAAUAACGUUACAAUCCAAUCAACUGUUAAGAGGCAAGGAGAAGGCAAACUCUGAAAUACCUCGAUUGCGAGCCGCAGUAGUGGAAUACCCGCCGCUGACCAUGAAAGCAGAUUUCGACUCAUCUGAAGGAUGUUACCAGGGGUUGGAAUGCAAGAAAUAUAUUGGAAACACAGAUAAUUUCACCACAUAUUGCUGUUAUGGUUUAGCUAUUGACGUGUUGAGGUAUGUCAAGACCGAGUUACAGUUUGAACCGCAGGUGUACUUCGUACGAGACGGGAAUUACGGUGCGAAAAAUUCCAUUGCGAACACGUGGAAUGGAAUCGUGCGUGACAUCCAGGAGGGAAAAGCAGAUAUCGCCAUUGAUUUAAUGACAAAUGAAGCACGUUCGGAAGUGAUUGAUUUCUCGUUGCGCUGGACGCACGCUGGUCUUGCUUUGCUUGUGCUUGUGGGAGAACAAAAAGUUGAGAGGUUGGACUUCUCUUUCUUUCAUCCUUUUACUUCCUAUCUCUGGAUGAGUAUGAUCGGAGUAGUGAACUUUUACCUGGGAAUUCUGUGGUACACGGACCGAUUGAGUCCUUAUGGUCAUUAUAAAUCUGUGCGCGCCAAAAAUCAUAAUGGUUUUGACCUGAGUGAGAGUAUGUGGUAUUGUUGGGGAGUUUGUUUCGAUAACCAGUUCGUGGACUCGCGACCAAGGAGUUUGAGCGCUCGUGCAAUGGCGGUUGUUUUGGCAAUAUUUGCUUUGAUGUGUGUGACGUCAUACACUGCAAACCUCACUGCCCACCUUCUGUCUGAUGACACUAAACCUGACGUCACAGGCAUCCGGGAUCCUAAGGUUGGUAACGAGUUCCCCGUAUACAAAAAAAACAAAAACAAAAAAAAUCAAUCAGUCAGCGCUGCAUUUUGCCUAAUUCUUCCACAGGCAUGGAUUUUUAAAAUGAAAUUUUAAAGAUUAAUGACUCACAGCUACUAUAAGGAAGGCUGCUUGAGUUCCGUUUACAUCUGAAAAAAUGGUGUUGUCAGUUUCCAUCCGCGGAUAAUUAGGACGUGAAGAUUUAAGUGAGAUAAGGUAUUCUCUGCUUUUUUAAAAAUCGUCAAACCUUCUCAUGUACUCCAAAAUCGUUUUCGUUUUCAUCGCAGCCUUUUGAAAAGACCGUUUGCGAGAAAGCUCCCGAUCUUGAGAGGAAGAGAAAAUAAAUCGGCAGCUUUUCCUCUUCGGACCACGAUGAAAUUACUAAGGUUAUGCCCAAGUGUUUCCCGAAUGAAGGCUUACAAGGAGGCCGCUACAAGUAGCCUUUCAUUUUCGUCUAAAACAUUAAACAUUUUGUGAGAAUCCGUAACUUUUAAAUGUUUCUUCAGAUCACGUCACGCGAGUCCACGAUAUCAUACGGGGUGGUAAAGUCAAGUUAUGUUGAUUCCUACUUUGAACUGAACGAAGAUCCAGCCAUGCGGUUCAUGUUCACACGCAUGCGUGAUAAGAAGCACCUGGUGGAUAACUUUACUGAUGGAGUGGAAAGAGUUAAGAAAAAGUUAGUCUGUCAUCUAAUGAUUACAAGUGAAUUUUAGCUAAUUGGGUACACUAUUUAUCUGAAUAGAGAUUAAGGUAGUCACAGCAAAGGCUAGCAUUUUCUUCCAUCCUUAUUUUCUUGCAUGUUUGUGUCACUAGCUUGCGUGAAAAAUUUGCGUUAGAGUUAAAGUAAUUUCACAUUUUCUUAGUGUUAUGCCGUUUUAAAAUUGAAUAUUUCUCACCAUGAAUGUGUAAUGUAAAAUGGUCUUUAAAAGACGGGGGAAAGGGUGUAAGUAGCUGCUGUGCAUUAAAUUCACACAUUGGGCUUGGAAACAUAGGAGAAUAGCAACUGAGCUAUCCCAAUCAUCGAGACAAAUUUUGUGAUCGGUCAAGCGAGACAACAAAUGUCUUAGGUCGUAACAAAAGCAGUAUUAUUUAACCAAAAAACAAAUCAUAAUGAUGCUAACCUCGCUAAUUUUAAAUAGGAGGCGUAGCCAGGAAUCAAAUAAAGCUGUUUUGGUCGGGUGGAGGAUCUUAUUAACCAAAUUAACCGCUAAUUUAACCAAACAUCGUUCUCACACAGUUUACAAUAAAAUAAAUGACUUUGUCUACAAGUUAUACUGACUAUUUUUGUUUCAUUUCAGGCAGUUGGAUAUCUUUAUCAGUGAAGUGUUAUCCAUAGACUAUGAAGUGGCUAAACAAAAAUCAGUAUCGUACCCCAGACUACAGGUUGUAGGUGCCUCGGCGCCCUUUGCCGAGAGUGGCUACUCCUACGCGUUUAAAAAGAACUCUCCAUGGAAACCCAAAUUUGACUUGGUCAUCAACAGAAUGAAAGCAGAAAAUGUGUGAGUGGAGCUGAUAGCAUUUGUUGUUGAUCUUCCAAUAACAGUCCUAUGUAUUUACCGAUCAUUAUCGGAUACUAUGAUGUAGAUAUUUUGCUGGGCAGAAAAUAAUUAAAAGACAAGGAAGAUCAAUCUGAAUGUUGGGCUUGUAAACACGAAGCAAUACCAGCCACAAACACUUUCAAUCGAUUGCUUUUUGUUCAUCAAGGUUGCCUGUCCAACCCUGUUCAACUGUAACCUUUCGGCUUUGGUUAAUGCUGGAGUUUUUCCGUGUUUUCGAUUCACUACUUCAAAGGAUAAUCAAGGUUUAAAAAGUAAUAACUUUCAUCAAUGUUUGCCCAUGGAUAGCCUGUUCUAUGCAAUAGAGAAAAAGUUGGUUCAGGUCAUCGAGUGCAUAAGGGAAUCAUUCAAAACCUCACGUUUGCAAUGAUUCUUCUUCCCUCUGUAGUGUACCUCAAAGAUUAACUAAACCAAAAGGAACACAAGGACCAAACAAUACAACUCCAAAUAUUGAAUAAUUGUGAAUUUUUAAUGUGAAAAAUACCUGAAGUGUUCGGUACGAAAUCAGUGCUGGUACAUAAGUGCAAAAAUGAAAACUGAAGCAGAACAGGCUACCUCCUAAGUUCCCUCACAGUUACCUCAAAAAGCACGUAACGCCAAGCUGAAAGCAAACAAAGCAUCCUUCAAAACACGUCUUUUUAUAUAAGAAUUUUAAUUUAAAACUGUAGUUAGGGCACAUUGUAGUUAGUAUUAGUAGACGAAGAUCGACCUCAUGGAAGCACUUCUAAUAAAAUUGUUGUUAUUAUUAUUAUUAUUAUGAUUAUUGUUAUUAUUAUUAGCAGUGGUGGUACAACUACUGGAAGGUGAACAUAGUACCCAAGCCUCUCUCAAUUUAAGGUUCAAUGUGAUUUGGUGGACUGGGGAGGAAAUCAUGGGACGAGUGCUAAAAAUCUGCCUUCCUUAAUAAGUGCAAUGAGUGACUUUUGCUGUAAUUAAAGAUAUUAUCAUUGUUUCUUACAGACCAAGUGAGUUGUAUAAGAAAUGGGUAUCUUCAGGUGAAGACAGAAGCGAGGAACAUCAUCAAAGAUUAACCGUGCGUGCACUUAGUGGCGUGUUUUUUCUCGGGGCUUCCCUCGCAGUAGUCGCCAUAUUUUUCCUCUUCCUUGAAAACAAACUUUUCGCCAAGGGCUUCAUAUAUAAUGAUAUGAGAGGUGAUUGUGUUGUCCAGAAAGGCCAACGGAAGUAUUCCGCAGCUGUCAAACGGAAACUAUUGGAUUUCAACAAAGACAAAGAUGAGGAUAUAGAAUUCCCUGAUAUAUCUGGCUAUUUACAUAAGAGAAGAAGAACCGAUGUAAUGUUGAAAUCACUGUAUAAUCCAAAAUGCGUCAGAAGAAAAUACGAAGAAGCUGGCGAAAACUGUACUGCCUCCAGCUCCGUUUAG